AUGGUGAAGAAGACACCUGCCGAUUGCAUGCGGGCCAUGGACAAGAUUCAGUUGACGGCCAACAGUUUUCCUCUGCUCCUGUCAGUGCCCGAAGGUAUGGCGGAAGCGCCUCUCAAGGUGAUGAAGGUACAAGUUCGAGACUUCAUGAAUCAUCACUACGCAUUGGCGAAGGGUGUUCGGAACUGCAAGUCGCCAUGGACAAAGCUGAACAGCAUAGAUGACAUCAAUGAGGUUAUUCCAGCGGAGAUGCUACCUGAGAACUUCCAGUGGAUCGAUCUCUCAAAGAUGACAAGUGUUCCUGUUCGUGCCCUCCUCGACCACUUGCGGGCACGCCAAGAGGAACAUGGACCUGAGCAGACCAUGCAAUUCACCCAGUACUUCGACAAGGAUGGCAAAGCUGCUCCCGCCAAGUAUGAUCCUCUUCCACCACUUGACGGAUCAGCACAGGCAUUAGAAGAAGGAUCUGAACAUGAGGUCCAAGAAGCACUCACACCAAAGAAGGCGGGGAAGGCGAAGAAGAAGGGUAAACCUGUGUGCAAGGUCACGGAAAAGACGGCAUCGAAGGAGACAAAGGGCAAAGCUGUCCCUGGCGGAGCCAAAGGCGGUGGGCAUAAACGCAAGAUGAAAGAUGCAUACGACUCAGAAGACGAUGCCAGAAGCAGCCAAGACUCUGAUCGGAGUUCGCCAGAUAUACCCAGCAUGGCUUCCGAAGAAGAUACUGCCAGCGAUGAAGAUUCAGGGGAUGGCGAGAGCGUGAUUGUGAAUAAAGUGAAGGGCAAGGUGGUCACCACCACCAAUGGAUGUAAGGCUAACAAUGGUGGUGCACCUCAAGCGAGCAGUAGUGGCGAUGCCAAGAUGAAGGAAAAGCGAGGUCGCCAAGACCUUCCUCUGGGCGCACUGCACAGAUUUGACAUGGAGGAGACUGAUGAAGCAUCGAGUGAACUGGAGCUCAGUACAAAGGAGCUGAGGCUUGAGCUUCAAGGCCGAGCCCCACAUCUCACUGGCGGGAGUACUGUGGGGAGUACUGUGCCCCACCUCAUCAAAAGGAGAGACGUGUUUCUUGCCACCCUUUCCGUCAAACUGCGAUACCAGGAUAUGCUGAAGGAAGUCAAGAUUGCGACUGUGCCCCAGAUGUAUCAUUUCGCCAGGUAUGAUCCGAUUCCCUGGAGCGAAUGGUCGUAUGGCCAGCGCGACCUCCCGCCAUCAUUCCAUGCAGUGGACAACUUUGACAUCAUCGAGAACUGGUUAGGCGACAAACCAUGGCUGAUAAAAUAUCAGUUCUUACAUCCACAGGGCUUCAUUGAGGAGGGCGAACCGAUGAACCUUCCCGACUACGUGGUGAACUCGGCGAUCUCAUUUGAUGCAGUAGAGCAGCUGCUUCGCUGUUGCGAGAUCAUUACCUUGGACAUGGUGAAAGGGAAUGUCACCCAUGCCAUGGUGAAGCCAGUGAGCAAGCCUGCCAUACGCGGUGCCCCUCAAGGUGGCGAUGACCUUGGGGGCCAGGAGGAGCAGGAAGGUGAUGCCUCUGCAAGAACUCACAAUGGCACUGCUACCGCUGCCAAAGUUCACAAGGCUCACCAGCCUGCCGCCACGGCCAACAACCCAAUCAUUCCAAGUGGAGGAGAUGAAGGGCCGAGCCAGGAGACCAGUGGUGGGGCCUCUGACAAUGGCGAAGAGGACGAUGCACACUUGUCCGUACCUAGCAGUGGUGCCGAACGACCGCCACCGCCUCCGUUUAUACCUAAGACAAGGAAGGCGGCAGCCAUGAAAGGCCGUCCGUCAGGUCAAGCCAAAGCACUCCAGGGAUGGUCGAUCACCGAUGCCCUUCAGAGUAAUAUCCCCGGCAGGAUCACUUGCAGUCAGCGUCAAGCGAUGGAUGAGUUGCCCGCCAAGAAUACCCACAGUCAGCAUCCACUAGGAGCUGUUAAAGAUUUGAAGAAGCUUCCUGAUCCAAAGCAGAAAUGUCAACCAGCACGUCCCGAGCCCGAUGGUGAAGACAGCUCUGGCGAAGACAAUCCGCCACCUCGGAAGCGUGGACAUGGUACUCGGGACGAGUUGGUAGUGGUGUCACCGAGGAAGAAGAAUGCGAGGGCCGAGGACUCGGAUGAUGGUGACACACUUCCCGCAAAGCAAAGACGAGCUCUGCCUCAGACCCCAAAGGUCAAGGACAAGGGAGAAACCAAGCUGAAGCCGGUGCAUCUGAGGAAAGCAGCCGCCAAAGUGAAAGAGAGUGGCCAAGUUGGUGCAGGUCGCAAGACCCGCAGUGGUGGCACCAGACCUUGA